CGCGCCCGCGUCGCAGCUCGUGGGCUCCGGUGAGAAGUUUCACACUUGCAUGCCGGAGGCGUCAGCGAAUAAGAGCGACCAUGCAGGUCUCUAACCUCAAUGAAGUGAAGAUUUACAGCCUGAGCUGCGGCAAAUCCCUCCCUGAGUGGCUUUCUGACAGAAAGAAGAGAGCACUGCAAAAGAAAGAUGUUGAUAUUCGGAGGAGAAUCGAACUUAUCCAGGAUUUUGAAAUGCCCACGGUUAGCACCACUAUUAAAGUGUCAAAAGAUGGACAGUAUAUUUUAGCAACUGGUACAUAUAAGCCACGAGUUCGAUGCUAUGACACAUAUCAGUUGUCCUUGAAAUUUGAAAGGUGCUUAGAUUCAGAUGUUGUGACAUUUGACAUAUUAUCUGAUGAUUAUUCAAAGAUUGUCUUCCUACACAAUGACAGAUAUAUUGAAUUUCAUUCACAACAAGGUUUUUAUUACAAAACCAGAAUACCCAAGUUUGGCAGGGAUUUUUCUUAUCACUAUCCAUCUUGUGAUUUGUACUUCGUUGGUGCAAGCUCUGAAGUAUACAGGUUAAAUUUAGAACAAGGACGGUACCUAAAUCCUCUCCAAACAGGUUCUGCAGAAAACAAUGUUUGUGACAUAAAUUCCAUGCAUGGCUUGUUUGCCACAGGCACAAUAGAGGGUAGAGUUGAAUGCUGGGACCCUAGAACCCGAAAUCGGGUUGGACUCUUAGACUGUGCUUUAAGCAGUGUCACAGCUGAUACGGAGAUAGACAGUUUGCCUACAAUCUCAGCCCUAAAAUUUAAUGGUGCCUUAAACAUGGCAGUUGGAACAUCUACAGGGCAGGUUUUGUUGUAUGAUCUUCGCUCCAGUAACCCAUUACUGGUUAAGGAUCACCAGUAUGGUCUAGCUAUUAAAUCAAUCCAGUUCCAGAAUUCGUUAGAUUUAAUUUUAUCUGCAGACUCUCGAAUCAUCAAAAUGUGGAACAAAGACACAGGGAAAAUAUUUACUUCCUUGGAACCUGAACAUGAUAUUAAUGAUGUCUGCCUUUAUCCAGAUUCAGGAAUGCUUCUGACAGCCAAUGAAACCCCUAAAAUGGGCAUCUAUUACAUACCUGUUUUGGGUCCUGCUCCUAGAUGGUGUUCAUUCUUAGACAACUUGACUGAAGAAUUAGAAGAGAAUCCAGAAAGCACAGUUUAUGAUGAUUAUAAAUUUGUCACCAGGAAAGAUCUUGACAAUCUAGGCCUUACACACCUCAUUGGAUCACCUUUGCUCCGGGCAUAUAUGCAUGGUUUUUUCAUGGAUAUAAGACUCUAUCAUAAGGUAAAAUUGAUGGUAAAUCCAUUUGCUUAUGAAGAAUACAGAAAAGAUAGAAUUAGACAGAAGAUAGAAGAAACUCGUGCACAAAGAGUCAAAUUAAAGAAGCUGCCAAAGGUUAACAAAGAACUAGCCCUCAAGUUAAUUGAAGAAGAGGAAGAAAAGCAGCGGUCUGUUUGGAAAAAGAAACUUAAGAAAUUACCAAAUAUUCUUACUGACGAUCGAUUCAAAGUUAUGUUUGAGAACCCUGAUUUCCAGGUGGAUGAACAGAGUGAAGAAUUUAGGCUUCUGAAUCCACUUGUUUCAAAAAUAAGUGAAAAAAGAAAGAAGAAACUAAAACUCUUAGAGCAACAGGAAUUCCUUGAACAAGAAGAGGAGGAAGAACCGGAAGGAAAACCAAGUGAUGCAGAAAGUUCUGAGACUUCAGAUGAUGAAAAAGACUGGGUUGAAGAGGUCAGGAAACAGCGCAAACUUCUCCGCCAAGAGGAAAAACUCAGGUGGCAGGAAAGGCUCAAGGAGGAUCAGCAAACAGUGCUGAAGCCCCAGUUUUUUGAGAUCAAAGCAGGGGAGGAAUUCAGAAGCUUCAAGGAUUCUGCAAAAAAGCAGAAACUAAUGAAAAAACCCCUUGAAGAUCGUUUGCAGCUUGAAGCAAAGCUUGGGACUCUGAAUGUAUCGGAUACAACUGUUGGCAGCAAACAGUUGACAUUCACAUUAAAGAGGUCUGAACAACAGAAAAAGCAACAAGAAGCUGAGAAGCAGCAUCGACAAGAGAGAAAAAGACUUCGCCGUUCAGCCGGACACCUUAAGACUAAGCGCAGAAGAGGCCAUCCCUUUCAUUGAUUGUAGAAUUCCUGUCCCCAGCCUGCUGAUUGUGAACUGUUCCUAAAUAUGCACAGUGGAGGUGGGAGGGGAAAAAUGGAACUAAGUUUUACUGUUAUUACAGGAUAUUAAGCAAAAGAAUGAAUUUUUAUAACGCUAUUUGUAUUAUUGAGACUUUUGUAGCUGUAAAGAUAUAACUCCUUUUCUACGGAAAUCUGGGGUUUGGACUUCCAUGGAUCUGUAUAUAUUAACUGGUUAUUAUACAAUUUGGAAUAUGUUGUUUGUAGAAAUUAUUCCCAGCAACACAUUAUUUCUUUACUAUAGUUUUAAUCAAGUAAACUGAACUUUUUUCUUAAGCCUCCUGGAAAAUGUACCAUUACAAACUGAAUUCAUCUGAAGUGUUUAUUCUGUGCCAAGGACUGAGUUCAGGGUUUGGUUCUUUUCUCUUAGAAUGCUUGCUAUCCCCCUCAUAAUUACAUCAUCUGGAAGCUAUCCUUCAACUGUAUGUCAUGACUUUUUGGCCAAAUUUGUGUUGGUAUUUAUAUAAAUCUAGGAGGGAUAGAGAGGAGUGGAGUGUUUUUGUUAUUGUUGUUUUGUUGAUACUCAGAUAAUUGAGGGGAAAGUAUGAUAUCAAGGAGUAUGUUAUACAACAAAGAGAACAUGAUCUGGAAAUAAGUCAUUAUUCUUCUUACUUGCACAUAGAAGUUUUCCGUAGUCCUUGGAACUUGGUGGAAGGCGAACUUUCUGGAAGAAACUGAUUGAAAUGAAUACCCUUCAAAUACGGAAUUUACAGGGGCAGCUAGGUGGCACAGUGGAUAGAGCACCAGCCCUGAAGUAAGGAGGACCUGAGUUCAAAUUCAGCC